UCCAUCCUCAGAGAAACAGUAAGCAUCCAGCAGGACGUACUGGACUAAAGAUACUGAGGAACUUAUCAUUUUGCUUUUAAUUGGAUUAAAAUCUUAAAGGAAAAUCUUCAAGUGAGCAGUGGUAUGCUGGCUGGCUCACUUCUGAGAAAGUUUAUGGCCAAAGGCUUUUCAGCGACAGAACCCUUCCCAAAGCCCUGUCACAUUCUUGAGAAAACUUGAAACUUCUCCGCAUUAUUUUGUAAAGAAAUAAAAAUGGUUGCAGUGAAGCCGACCGACAUGGUGCCCUCUGCAGGCAUCAAGUUCUUUGGAGCAGGCACGGCAGCCUGCAUUGCUGACCUCAUCACCUUUCCUCUGGAUACGGCCAAAGUCAGACUGCAGAUCCAGGGCGAGUCUCAGAAGGUUGAAGGAUCCAGUGUGGUGAAGUACCGGGGUGUGUUCGGAACCAUCAAAACCAUGGUGCGCACAGAAGGAGCUAGGAGUCUUUACAACGGACUGGUAGCCGGUCUCCAGAGGCAGAUGAGCUUCGCGUCCAUUCGGAUCGGCCUUUAUGACUCCAUGAAGCAAUUCUACACUCGAGGCACAGAGAGUGCUGGGAUUGUUACCCGACUCAUGGCGGGCUGCACCACAGGAGCCAUGGCUGUGGCUUUUGCACAACCAACAGAUGUGGUGAAGGUGCGUUUCCAAGCCCAGGUGCGAGUGGCCGAUGGCGAGAGGAGAUACAACAGCACCCUGGAUGCCUAUAAGACGAUUGCCAGGGAUGAAGGAGUUCGGGGACUCUGGAGAGGCUGCAUGCCAAACAUCACCAGGAAUGCCAUUGUAAACUGUGCAGAACUGGUCACCUACGACAUGAUCAAAGAACUCAUUUUGAAGUAUGACCUAAUGACAGACAACCUGCCCUGCCACUUCACAGCUGCCUUCGGUGCCGGCUUCUGCACAACUGUAGUGGCGUCUCCAGUAGACGUGGUUAAAACUCGGUUUAUGAACUCAGGAAAUGGACAGUACGCCAGCGCCAUCAACUGCGCUCUGACGAUGCUGAGAAACGAAGGACCUGCAGCUUUCUAUAAAGGAUUCAUGCCUUCUUUUCUGCGUCUUGGAUCUUGGAACAUCGUCAUGUUUGUGACCUAUGAACAAAUUAAAAGGGGUAUGACCAGAGCACAGCAGUACUGGGAGUCGCCGUUUUGAUCGAAGCUCCUCGGGGACUUUUAUGGCAAGAAUGCGAAGAUGCAAAAGUCAUGACAAGCAGCGUGAUGCAGUGAGGAAAAAAGUGUGCCACACAGCUGGAAGUGGAGAAGUGGUGGGGAAAAAGGUCCUAAUUGUCGAGUUAGGUGGUGAUCUGGCCUUGGAGGACAGGUACUGCACUUCAUAACCUGUCAAUAAAGACUUGAGUGAAAAAAGAAUCAGGAACAUUCCUGCAAGACCAGGAGGAUUCACAGAUUACAGCACAACGAUUCAUCAGGAUUGAUAUGACCAGAGCUUCCAUUACAUAUCAGUAUAACUGAAUUUUGCUCAACAGGAUAUCUGAUGAUGUUUAUUUUUUUAUGUUUACAGUGAUGAACUUUCCAGUCAGGUCGACAGCACUGUUGCAUGAGAACUGAUAUUUAGAAGAAGUUUUUCCACAAGAACAUUGACCAUUUCACUUUGGUGUUACCUCCUUUGUCAAUAUUGGCAAAAAUGUUUACACUGUUGCUUUGGGUGUAGAUUGCUGACUGUAAACACAUUCAUGUUUAGUUGCAUGAUUUAUUGCUGGCCAAUGGGUCAUGAAAUUAAUUUUGCACAACGCAAAAGCUAAAAAUGUCAAGUAAAAUUUUGUCUGGAACGUAAUUAUAUUUCAGCUCUGUUAGUUGUGCACUUUGUCAUUAAACUAGAAAUGGGAAAAGAA